AUGUCGAUCCUAGCGAGGCCGGCAAAGCGCAAGUUGGAUGAGGUUGAGCGGAUUGAGGCACCGAAUAGACACCUUUCUGCUCGGGGCAGUCGCAACCAUGGCAUCGUCUCAGACGCGAUCCAACCAUCAAUCCUCGCAUCUGAACGUGAUGCCGCUCUUCCUAGGCCCGAAUCUUGUCCGAGGCACGAACAGUCGGAUACGUGUAGCGAACAUCAUUGGUACUCAAACUCUCCGCGCACGUUGAACUCGAAUCGCGCAUCCCCAACACGCCUCGAAAGUCCUGCGCAAACACAGAGGAUUUUCUCUCCUAAUGCAUCGAUUGUAUUGAUUGGUAUCCGCGGUACUGGAAAAUCCAGUCUCGCUGUCAUUCUCGCUGCGACCUCGGGAAAACGGAUGAUCGAUGCGGAUCAGUAUUUCCAGCAGGUGACGGGUCGUUCCCGGGCUGCAUUCAAGAAGGAAUAUGAUCUCACCGAAUAUCGUCAGCAGGAGGCCCGAGUGAUGGAGUCAAUGCUUGCAGAACACAAAGAGGGGUGUGUCAUUGCGUGUGGACCCGGAUCCAUGGAGCGCAGCGGGCAACAAUUGCUGCGGGAAUAUGCGAAGACACAUCCUGUCAUCCACAUUAUUCGAGAUCCCGAAAGCAUCCAGUCGUAUUUGAAAGCCUGGGAUACGGUCAAAGUCCGCCGGUUUCUGGAGCUUUCUGGCCCGGUAUAUCGGGCUUGCUCGAACCUGGAGUUUUUCAAUGUCUCCGAGAAGGGUCUCGCAGAUUACGCCGGAAAAGACAACCAUAACCACUCGCCUCUGGACUUGGAACUCGAUCAGCGAUCCCAAGCUUCGACUCCCUUCUUGACUCUCAAGCGGUUACAGCGCGAUUUUUUGAAAUUUGUUGCCUUUGCAACCGGGGACAGUACCAUCCUGAGUGGUCAGCAAGCCUCGUUCCCACUGUCGAUGCAGCCGGUUGAGUCUCGUAUGUUCACCUACGCUGUGACUGUGCCAAUAUCAUCCUUGUUUGAGCGCGAAUUAGACAUUGAGGAUCUGGAAUCCACCGCCGAUGCCUUUGAGCUCAAGGUGGAUAUAGCGGAAGGUGCUUCCGACGGUCAGGGCAUUGACUCGGCUCUGGCAGACAGAAUAAGUCAAGCUGUGGCGACUAUCCGGCGAAACAUCGUCAUUCCCCUGAUAUACCAUGUCGAAAGUAGUUUAACCCCUGUAGGUUCUCCUGUGCAACACAACGGGCCCUUACGCCGCUCGGAUGAUGCAUACCUGAGUCUGGUCAAACAUGGGUUACGACUAGCUCCUGAGUACUUGACUGUCGAUCUCUCCUACAGCGAUGAUAUUUUAUCACAGGUCAUUGCUUCCAAGGGGACGAGCAAAGUGAUCGGGCAUUUCGCAUGGUCCCAUCCUUGCCCAAGAGGUUGGGAGGAUGCGGAACCACUGGCAAUGUACGAACGAGCCAGACGACUAGGAUGCGAUAUGGUUCGAUUGACGCAGCCGGCAACGACAAUCGAGGAUAAUUUCGCUGUUGAAAGAUUUCGUCACCAUGUCAGAGGUCUUCCGUGGCAGCUACCUGUGAUAGCCUUCAAUACCACCCCUCUGGGCAGAAUGUCGAGCUGCUUCAACCCCGUUCUCACAUCCGUGACACCUCCACCACUGUUAGCAGAGAUGCAGUCCAAGUCAUUACCCUCUCUCACCUUGCGUGAGGCGCAAGAAGCACUCUACGCCUCAUUCGCUCUGGAUCCGAUGCAGUUCUUUGUUUUCGGCGCGAACGUCACAUACAGUCUGUCCCCUGCGAUGCACAAUGCAGCCUUCAAAGCAUGUGGCAUACCGCAUAAAUAUACCAUUCAUCAGUCGCCUUCCCUGCGAGGUUUGAAUGAAUUAGUCGAGAACCCCUAUUUCGGCGGGACAAGUGUCAGUCUGCCCUACAAGACAGAAGUUAUUCCCCUUCUCCACUCCAUGUCACCGCAUGCUCGGGCUAUCGGAGCUGUGAACACGUUGAUACCCAUCCGGAAGUUUCCUGAUGGCGUGGACACCGCUAUUGAGUCUUCACUUUAUCUUGAGAAGAGCCGGGCUGGUCCCACCAAGGCGUUGCACGGAGAUAACACCGACUGGAUCGGGAUAGGAAAUUGCUUCCGAAGAGGGCUGUCGCCCGCCAAUGCCAUCCGUCCUUCGUCCACAGGUUUGGUUAUUGGAGCGGGCGGUAUGGCUCGGGCGGCAGUGUACUCAAUGAUCCACCUAGGGGUGCAAAACAUCUUCAUCUACAAUCGUACCAUGGCCAACGCAGAGAAGUUGGCUCACCACUAUAACCGACAGAAUCUUUUGGCGCAUGGAUGGGGAGGGCCGAACUCUCGCUCGAAAGUCCACACCCUACAGUCUUUGCAGGAUAACUGGCCUUCCGAUUACAAGCCGCCGACCGUCAUUUGCAGCUGCAUACCUGCUCAUAGUAUCGGAGGAGUGCCAGCGCCCAACUUUCAGUUACCUUCGCAAUGGCUUGGGAGCCCUACCGGAGGCGUAGUAGUGGAGCUGGCCUACAAACCUCUGAAUACCCCGCUCAUGAAGCAAAUGCGCGCCCUCUCCCAUCGAGGCUGGGUUGCCCUUGAUGGGCUCGAUGUUCUCCCAGAGCAGGGAUUUGCGCAAUUUGAGCUCUUCACGGGUCGCCGUGCUCCACGGCGAGUAAUGCGUAGGAUCGUGUUGCAGGAAUACCAGGAAGUGGAGGGACAAGAUGAGCAAAGCGCCAUCCAAAGUAGGCUCGAAAAUCUUGACGGACAGCCUACUUGA